CCACAGCCAAACCAGUUCGCCGCCCCCCGUAAUCGCUUUCUCACCACGCUGUCAGCUGUUGUUUCGCGAAAUGCUUCUUCUUGCGAAUGCCAAUUACCGCGUCGCGUCUCUUUGUGAUGAUGGGAUGGACUCAAUUACUACAAUUACAAUAGAGAUUGCAACAAAUUAAAUCAGCGUCGUGUGGUGUUGCCGAGUCAGUGACGUGCCUGUGUGUGUGUGUGUGUGCUCGCGAGCACGGAUAACUGAUAGUCAAGUAAAAAGUAAAUAAACAAGCUUCACCUUGCGGCGCAUCGAAAGCCACUGGCUGCAACAGCAGCAACUGGAUCACCAACAACAACAGCACCACCAGCAGCAGCGAGAGCGAGCGAGAGAGUGUGCAGCGGGACAGGGAACGAUAUAGAUAUAUACCGAGCGAGCGGGACUUCUGACAGCGCCACAAGAUGAUGAUGGAGAACGGACUCUCCAUGGAGUAUGGAGAUGGCUACAUGGAGCAGGAGGAAGAGUGGGAGCGCGAGGGCCUGCUCGAUCCUGCGUGGGAGAAGCAACAGAAGAAGACAUUUACCGCCUGGUGCAACAGCCAUCUGCGCAAGGCCGGUACAGCCAUCGACAACAUCGAGGAGGACUUCCGCAACGGCCUCAAGCUGAUGCUGCUGCUGGAGGUGAUCUCCGGCGAGACGCUGCCCAAGCCCGAUCGCGGCAAGAUGCGCUUCCACAAGAUCGCCAACGUGAACAAGGCUCUCGACUUCAUCGCCUCCAAGGGCGUCCACCUGGUCUCCAUUGGCGCCGAGGAGAUCGUCGAUGGCAACCUGAAGAUGACUCUGGGUAUGAUCUGGACGAUCAUCCUGCGCUUCGCCAUUCAGGACAUCUCCGUGGAGGAGAUGACCGCCAAGGAGGGUCUGCUGCUGUGGUGCCAGCGCAAGACGGCUCCCUACAAGAACGUCAACGUACAGAACUUCCAUCUGUCGUUCAAGGAUGGUCUAGCCUUCUGCGCCCUUAUCCAUCGCCAUCGUCCAGAUCUAAUCGACUACGCCAAGCUGUCCAAAGACAAUCCUCUGGAGAAUCUUAAUACUGCCUUCGACGUGGCCGAGAAGUACCUGGAUAUUCCCCGCAUGUUGGAUCCAGAUGAUCUCCAGAAUACAGCUUUGCCCGAUGAGCGGGCGGUGAUGACGUAUGUGUCCUCGUACUAUCACUGCUUCAGUGGCGCCCAAAAGGCGGAAACCGCUGCCAACCGGAUCUGCAAGGUGCUCAAGGUCAACCAGGAGAACGAACGCCUCAUGGAGGAGUACGAGCGUCUGGCCAGUGAUCUGCUGGAGUGGAUCCGUCGCACCAUGCCCUGGCUGAACUCGCGCCAGGCCGACAACUCGCUGGCAGGUGUGCAGAAGAAGCUGGAGGAGUACCGCACCUACCGUCGCAAGCACAAGCCACCACGUGUGGAGCAGAAGGCCAAGCUGGAGACGAACUUCAACACGCUGCAGACCAAGCUGCGCCUGUCCAACCGGCCCGCCUACCUGCCCACCGAGGGCAAGACCGUGUCCGACAUCUCCAACUCGUGGAAGGGCCUGGAGCUGGCCGAGAAGGCCUUUGAGGAAUGGCUGCUGGCCGAGACCAUGCGCCUGGAGCGCCUCGAACAUCUGGCCCAGAAAUUCAAGCACAAGGCCGAUGCCCACGAGGACUGGACGCGUGGCAAGGAGGAGAUGCUGCAGUCGCAGGACUUCCGCCAGUGCAAGCUCAACGAGCUGAAGGCCCUGAAGAAGAAGCACGAAGCCUUUGAGUCUGACCUGGCCGCCCACCAGGAUCGCGUGGAGCAGAUUGCCGCCAUCGCCCAGGAACUUAACACUCUGGAGUACCAUGACUGUGUGUCGGUGAACGCCAGGUGCCAGCGCAUCUGCGACCAGUGGGAUCGCUUGGGUGCUCUUACCCAGCGCAGGCGCACCGCCUUAGACGAGGCCGAGCGAAUCCUGGAGAAGAUCGACAUCUUGCAUUUGGAGUUCGCGAAGCGUGCGGCGCCGUUCAACAACUGGCUGGAUGGUACACGCGAGGAUCUGGUGGACAUGUUUAUUGUGCACACCAUGGAGGAAAUCCAAGGCCUGAUCCAGGCGCACGACCAGUUCAAGGCGACUUUGGGCGAGGCCGACAAGGAGUUCAACCUGAUCGUCAACCUGGUCCGCGAAGUGGAGUCGAUUGUGAAGCAGCACCAGAUCCCCGGCGGUCUGGAGAACCCCUACACCACCCUGACCGCGAACGACAUGACGCGCAAGUGGAGCGACGUCCGCCAGCUGGUGCCCCAACGCGACCAGACCUUGGCCAACGAGCUGCGCAAGCAGCAGAACAACGAGAUGCUCCGCCGUCAGUUUGCCGAGAAGGCAAACAUUGUCGGCCCCUGGAUCGAGCGGCAAAUGGAUGCGGUCACGGCCAUCGGCAUGGGACUGCAGGGAUCGCUGGAGGAUCAACUGCACCGGCUCAAGGAGUACGAGCAGGCCGUCUACGCCUACAAGCCGAACAUUGAGGAGCUGGAGAAGAUCCACCAAGCGGUGCAGGAAUCGAUGAUCUUCGAGAACCGAUACACCAACUAUACGAUGGAAACGCUGCGCGUCGGCUGGGAGCAGCUGCUGACAUCUAUCAACCGCAACAUCAACGAGGUGGAGAACCAGAUUCUCACCCGCGACUCCAAGGGCAUUAGCCAGGAGCAGCUGAACGAAUUCCGUAGCAGCUUCAACCACUUCGACAAGAACCGUACCGGCCGCCUGUCGCCCGAGGAGUUCAAGUCGUGCCUGGUCUCGCUGGGCUACUCGAUUGGCAAGGAUCGCCAGGGUGAUUUGGACUUCCAGCGCAUCCUCGCCGUCGUCGAUCCCAACAACACUGGCUACGUGCACUUCGACGCCUUCCUCGACUUCAUGACCCGCGAGAGCACCGAUACCGACACUGCCGAACAAGUCAUCGACUCCUUCCGAAUCCUGGCAGCCGACAAGCCAUACAUUUUGCCCGACGAACUGCGCCGCGAGUUGCCGCCAGACCAGGCCGAGUACUGCAUCCAGCGCAUGCCGCCCUACAAGGGACCCAACGGAGUGCCCGGCGCCCUGGACUACAUGUCCUUCAGCACAGCUCUCUACGGCGAGACCGACUUGUAAGAGCGCAAGGCACACCACCCGCAUCCGAAGGACUGCGUCGGCGAACCCGAGCAGAGCCAGAUCAUAUAAUAAUGAUAAACUUUAAUAAUAAUAAUAUUAAUAAACAUAGAUUUAUUAUACCUACACUCGUAACGGUAGC